AUGGAAGAAGUAAAAGCUCAAAUUAAAACCGUAACAUCUCUGAUCACCAAACUUUUUAACGACCCAAAAGAAAAACCAACUGAAUUAGUCAUAAAGGGUGAAAAACAAAACGAAAUGCCCCUCCAAGAGCAAAUUAAAGAAGCAGAAAAGGCAUUUGAAAUACUCGAUGAAGAUUAUCAGAAAAAGUUGCAUUUGAGAACGGAGUGGCAGUCACUUUUGCAAGAUGUUCUGUUAUUAACAGCAAUAACAAAACAACACACUAAAGAUAUACCAACAAACAAAAAAGAAUUGGACAAUUCUAUAGACACAUUGAAUAAACUUUACACAGAAGACUUUAGAAUUAAAAGAAAAAAACUUGAAGACGAUUUUCAAGUUGAACUUUCAAAAAUAGAAAAAAUCAAAAACGAACGUGCAAAAAUGGAACAAAAUUUUAAUUUUGGUCUUGAAAAUGGUGAACGUGAAAAACUCGAGGAAUUGUCAAAUAAGACAAUUUCCAAUAUCGUUUUCAAUUCAAUUAAAGAUGAUUGGUCUUAA